CCUCAAUCCUCCAGGCAUCUCCUUGCAUCCCUUCUACAAUUUGAAACAUCUUCUCCGGCGCUCAUCGUGCGGAUUGCCGACAUAGGAAAGCGCUUCGGGCUUGGCUCCGCUGUCAUGGUCUAUCGUGGGAAACCCAGCCCAGCCUGUUCCCGGUGCCGAGCCCGCCGACUCAAGUGCGACCAGAAACGCCCCUCGUGUUCCUCGUGCGUCAGAGCCAAGCAAAUCUGCACAUAUCGCGAUCUAGCCGCGUUUAGCUUCCAUGACCAAACCGCUGAAGUGGUUGAGAAAGUCCGGCGCCGCCCCAAACAACCUUCUGAAAAUGCCGACGCAUCUUGCUCCGCAGUAUCGCCCGACCAGGCAUCGACUGCUGGCGAGAAUGCCUCGACAGCCACGAAUCAUAAAACAAACGCGUGGGCACUGCAGUCUUUCUCUGCGCCGGCAGUCGAUCAAGGCGUUGCCUACGUUCUCACCUACCAUGUUGGGGCUCAUCGUUCAGUAAAUGGACACCUGUCAUUCUUGCCUUUGUUAUUACAGCAAGAGUCGAGUCCUGGUCUUAUGGCCUCUAUCAAUGCUAUGGGACUAGCAGCACUGGGUAACAUCCACGGCAGCCCCCAACUCACCCAGGAGGCGCGCCAGCAAUAUACGAUCGCAUUAUCAGAGACAAGUUCAGCGCUGCAAGACACAAACUCAGCACAAUUAGAUUCCACGCUGGCUUCCGUUCUUAUCCUGGGACUGUAUGAGAUUAUAACUUGCCAAAGCCGCUCCCUCAUGGUGCGGUGGUUAAACCAUAUUGAGGGUGCGAUGGCCCUAGUAAAGUUACGUGGACCCGAGCAGCUGAAGCGCCCAGUCGGACUUGACUUAUUCAUGCAAUUGCGCGGCCAAUACGCCUUGAGUAACCUCUAUCGUAAAAAGCCCGCGCCUGCUUGGCUGAUGGCCUUAUCAGAAGAGACAGCUGGUAUCCGAGGUCCUCAGCAGUCGUCAGCGGAGUCGUUCUUCAAGUAUUUGACCAUGGUCGGCGAUCUGUGCGCACAGGUUGGCCAAAAGGCAAAGAAGACUCCUGAAGAGAUCAUAAGGGAGGCACUACAAUUAGACGCAAUGCUAGCUGCAUGGGCUUUGACAGUCGAUCGACGCUGGCGGUACAAGGUGGUCGACGCAACCAAUGACGAUCUACCCGCUGAUCAACAUAUAUACGGCGAUUAUUACCACGAGUACUCCGAGAUUGGCAUCGCCGUGAUCUGGAACACCUACCGAAUGACGCGCAUUGUUGUUCAUGAAAUCAUCGCUGCUGUCUGCGAGCGACUAUGGAGGCGAUCAAAGGGCGAGAAUAGUGAGCACUGGGCAGCCAUUCGCCAGAGCGCUGCUAUUACCCGUCAACUAUCGGAGGAAGUCUGUGCCAGUGUUCCUUACUUCUUUGGGUCAGCACGCUCUAAUCAAAGGCUGGUCGAAGCAUCGGGCCUGAUUCGCUUACACUGGGCGCUGUUCGUAGCGUCAGACUGUGUCGGAAGCACACCACGUAUGAAGCUUUGGAUAAUGAAUCGCCUAGAUGAAAUUGGUCGGAGAACGGGUAUCAAACAGGCUCUGGCAAUGAUGGAGUACUUGCUCGGGGGCCUAUCUCUCAACUGGCUCAAGCAAGAGUUGCAGGUUAUUGAAAACCUGGAAGAUGAAGGCCCAGGCACGAUUCCAUCGGAACCUAGAAUGCUGACGAACGUUAGCGACAUGAGGAGAUACCAAUCAAUGAUGAAGAAAUGAUUGGCAGGAGUAGCGAGAUGUGCACAAUGUUUCUUUCCCUGCAGACCAGCAGCGAUCAAUAAUUCUCUGCUCUUUGUCUAGAUUGAGCCUGAUCAAUUGUAUGACAUCCAU